AUGUCCCUUUCCACCCUCAUCACCGGAGUGGAGAGGCCUGAACUGGAACCAAAUGCUGAAUGUGACAAGGCUCCAAAACACCUGCAGAAAACCUUCAUUAUUCCAAAUGAAGGCAGCCCUGUUGCAGGACUGUCAGCUCAGACUGAACCACCGAAUGGGACAGAGCAGCAGGCAGGAAACUGUAAAGAGAGCCAUUUGAAAAAGAGUGGCACUUCUCAGAGCAAGGAGCAGCCCCAGAAUGCCAAGCCACUAGAACUGCCCUCGAGUAUCCGGAGACAGAGUUAUAAGCAAGCAGUGGAUGAGCGAUGUAAUGGGCAACAGCUAGAAGACUGUGACCACUCUCCUUCAUAUGAUAAGGCCACUUCUUCUCCUGUAAGCGAGACUCUAGCCUCGCUCAGCCCAGCCAGCAAGGUCGCGCGUCCGUUCAAACGUGUUUUACGGACGGUGCAGAAGAACCAGCUGCUUGUGACCCCAGGGUCCACAGGGCACAACAGUGUCAUGAAAAACCUUAUCAAACGCAACACUCCUACCCGACCGGAUUCCAAGGGGGAUUUUGUUGAGAAGGAGCGGCAGCGGCUGGAGAGCCUGAGGAAGAAGCAGGAGGCCGAGCAACAAAGAAAACAGAAAGUGGAGGAGGCAAAGAGACGGCGCCUCGAGAAGAUGAAAUUGAGAGAAGCGUGA